CCUCUCAAUUAGCAAGCUACACAAAUUCAAUUACAUUCUUACAAAUCACAGCCGGAAUCGGCAGCUUCCUCAAUCAACCUUCUAUACAGCGGUGAAAAACAAGAACGAAAAAAGAAUUGGGUUAUGUCAUCUCGCGAGACCCAGUGAAAAAAGCUGCAAUCUUUUCUCCUCUUUCGCCUCCGCUUCUUCAGAUCGAGAUACUAUUUGGAACCCCUUUCCCAGUAAGCCCACCUUCUCUCGAGUAAUCCGAUGUAUUCGGGUACAACAGCGUAUAAGGAACCUUCACCGGCCCAACUCUGUUUUUCAAUGCCGGAUUCUCAUUCAUCUCCGUAAUCCGCUUCUCAAUCUCCUUCAACCUCUCCCCAAAUCUCUUGAACGCCGCCAGCGGUUCGUCAUCACAAGUCCACUCGUCGCUCUCCCUCUGCCCCAGGUAAAUCUCGUCCGUCGAAUGCCUCGAUAGAAUCUCUAUCAGCGAUACCCCUAGCAAUGUCUGUAACUGUGCCGUAAUCGUCUUCAAAUAACCCAACUCCGGGUCUUGCUCGAGCUCACUGUACUCCGGCGUCCCUGGUUCAGGCAUGAAUCGGCGGCUGAUUGUGGGGCGGUUAGGGAGAAACCCUGCAUAUGGGUACUGUCCGAAAUUCACCGCUGCGUGGAGCGCUGAGGCGACCCAUAUGAUGAUUGUGCAGGUUUGUUUGAGGUCGUCUCUUGUCUGCAUCUCGGGCCACCAUGGCUCGUCUCUCUUGUCUCCAUGGCCUUCGUUGCGCAGCUCUAACCACCACGAUUGGAGCUCCUCGUCGUUUUGGAUUGAUUCGUCUGUUGGGUAGUAGAAGUCGCAGUAUUCCAGUACCCAUGUUUCAAUUGCUGACCAUAUCUCCAGCCCAUCGACAGCGUAUGGGUAGUCCUCUAUGAGAAGCUUGAGGCCCUGUGGUUUGGUUUCGUCUGGAACUGCUAUUCCUCUGAAAUUUCGAGACAAGUGAGUGAAGUGACGAAGCUCAGAGAAUGAUUGCAAGAAGAAAAGAUCAAGUUUGAUGGGAGCUGGGAGUGCUAUUACCUCUUUAUAAGAUCGGCAGGGAGGGACUGUUCAGUGAAGACCCAAUUCUUGUACAGAACAGCAGACAUUUCCAUGGAGUAUCUGGCUGGGAACACAGUGAUCUCCAGCAUUCCACCAGCAUUUAUCAGGAUCUGCCUGGCCAAUGCAUUGAUGUUCAUCGUGUCGCGGAAGUGUGGCUGCAGAAGCUUGUGUAUCGGAUGAAGAACGCUCAGCUGCCUGUUUGUCGCGAUGAUGAAUGGCUCUAUCACAGCAUGAGUGUUCAACCAGUGACUGAUGAGCUGGUGGUAGCCAGAGUCAUUGACUGCGACAUAAGCUUUGGCUAGCUGCCAAAUUGUGCCCUCAACUGUUCCAUCUUCUGAUGGAGUGAAUACUCUACUGACGGCGCCACGAUGGUCGCCCUGGGGAUGCAGGAGACUUAGUUCGAUUGCUAAUGGCUUCAAGGUUCCGUCGUCUUGAAGGAACAGAAUCGUUCUUGUGGCGUACAUCUUUGUGUUGGUCGAGUUUAUCUUCCUCAGGUAUACCAUCAGUGCAUCGUGAUGGUCCAGUAUGAACAGCCUGUUGCUAUCCAUUGCCUGUUGGAAGGAAGGGAAAACCAGAUUGUGUUUAAUAAUCAACUCAUAUUUGAACUUGAAUUGAAGCAUCAUGAAUCGGUGUACUAUACUUGGUCAACGGUGAAUCCAUUCAUAUUGAUUUCGAUGUCUUCCUUUUUUAUUGUGCUAUGCUGGUUUCCAUAUUUUUUAGGGUCUAGCUGGCUGGCUGGUGGGAACUCCUGCAGAAAAGUUUAUAUGCGGCUGAUGAUAACUGGGUUGACUCCAGCUAGCAUCUCUCGAGCAAACUCUUCAUCAGUCCUCCAUGCAGACUUGUCCUCUGCAAUUCAUCAUGCCCCCAUGGUAUGGGGAACUUGAGAAACCUCUCACCAUCGUUGCGAACAAGUUCCUUCAGCAACUCCCAUGGUACGCGAUUUCUUACUUUGCUUACCGUGGCCUUGCCUGGCAAUUUGAUGCCUCCAUCGUAGAGGUCAAAUACAUCCUCAAAAGAGUCGAACUCGUUGAUCGUCUUGUCGAACAAAGACGAAAUCUCCGGGAGAAGUACUUGAGCAAUAGAUUUCAGAGCAUAUGCUAAGAAAUCUGAGAACUUCACGUGUCCAAACCGUUCAUCCCUUGGUACGUAGAUGUCCAGGCUUAGAAGUGGCAAUCUGCUCUCCGACUUUGGAUCUGUGAUUAACACAUGCGAAAUCAUGUUAAGGUGUCUACAUACUAGACAACUUGAGAUGAUUUGAUACAAUUUUCCUGACCUUUUUUGGUGGGUUUUCGGCCUGUUCUCCCUCUUCUAGGAUAAGGAUACUCCAUGGAUCCACCAAGAACAGGGCGUGCAUAGGCGUCACCUUUGUCUGGACUACCCAAAUCAUUGUAGUAAGCAUAGUCAUAAACUCUAUCCCAUUCCUUCAGCUCUCCCUUCCCAUUUCCUCGCAGGUUGGCAAGUUCUUGUUGUCUGUAUUGACGCAAUGGCUCUGGCGUUUGACAUGGUAGGUAUGUCUGAGCAGAAACAGAACAAAUAUGACAUACAAAAGUUGUGUUAGGAGAUAAGAUAAUAUUCUACUAAACGCCAUUAACCAGAGUUUGUUUAUUUUACAUCUUUAGAUUAACAUUGAGCUCUUAUUAUUCAAAUCGUCAUAUUGGGAGACAAUAUUGUCAUGCACAAAACUAAAAGUUAAGCCAAAAGAUAAAGUUGGCUAGGAAGUCGAAUCAUUGUGCACUUGAUGUCACAAUAACAAUAAAAUACAGUUGCUGCCAGAGACUUCCAUUGGAACUUUCAAAGACGAUUGUAUUACCUUGUUUGAGAAGAAAAUGCGGUCGUAUUUGUAUCUGUGAGCAGGGUAGACCCACGAAUUGCAGAUGAAAUGGACGCGGCCAUGGCCGGGGACGUCGUCUAAAGUUAAGGUCUUGAGGUAGAAUUGACUGUGGUGAUGGUUUCUGAUGAUGAAAGCUCCAGGAACGCCCAUGGCGGAUUGAUCCCAAUCGAAGGUAAUGGAAAAACUAGUCUCUGUAGCUGUUAAAGGUGUCAUCUUUUGAACCCAUUUCUCCAAGAAAGCUGCUUUCCCAAUCCUCCCCCUCCAUCCAUUCUCUGCAGGAAAUUUCCACCAGACCACUGUUAGCUUUUUUUUUUUUUUACUUGAUAAGCUGACUUGGAAUGGCUCGACGAAAGACUGGUUGAUUGGGACGGGAAAGAAGGGAGUAGAAGAAGAAACCAAUUCAUUGCCCUUUUUGUUUGCAUUCAAGAAACUUCCACCAUUGAACAAUGGGGCAUUUAAUUCAAUGCAGGAGGAGAGAAAGUGCUGACCUGGGUCUGGAUGAACAGAGCUAAUGAGGUGGAUGGAGACUCCUUUGCCGAGAAGCUCGUGAAUUCGAUCGAGGAACGAAGCUUUGACGUCGUGCAAGUCCAGCACGUUCUUCUUCAUCAACACAACAGUCCCCAUGAUCUUAUUGGUGCUGUUGUUGGUGGUGCUGCUGCUGCUGGUGCUGCCAUUCUCGGUUAUGGCGAUAUCUCUGGGCUGCACACAGCAACUUUCCAUGACUUUCUGCAACAUUUUUUC